GUGGCUAGGCGACUGUUUUCAGACAUGGCGGCGCAGAUGGACUUGGUGGAGAUCAAGCGGCAGUUGUGUGGAAUCGUAGUUCUGUGCAGAGAGCGAGGACUGACGCACAGCUGCAAAUGGGCAUCCGAGCUGGCCUUCUGUCUUGAGCCACUACCUUUGAGCAAGCUGCCUCCUCCGGCUCAGUUCACAGAGGAAGAUGCCCAAGACUUGGAUGCCUACACCUUAGCCAAGUCCUUCUUUGAUCUCAAGGAGUACGAUCGUGCUGCCUAUUUCUUGCGAGGCUGCAAAAGCCAGAAAGCUUAUUUUCUUUACAUGUACUCCAGAUAUCUGUCUGGAGAAAAGAAGAAAGACGAUGAAACUGUGGACAGCUUGGGGCCGCUGGAGAAAGGACAAGUGAAGAAUGAGUCUCUGCGGGAGCUCAGAGUGGAGCUGAGCAAGAAGCACAAAGCCAAGGACCUGGAUGGAUUUGGCCUCUACCUAUAUGGCGUCGUUUUGAGGAAGCUGGAUCUUUUCAAAGAAGCUCUUGAUGUCUUUGUGGAAGCAACUCACUGCUUGCCUUUACACUGGGGGGCCUGGCUGGAACUGUGCAACCUCAUCACCAACAAAGACAUGCUCAAGUCCCUGACGCUGCCCGACACGUGGGUGAAGGAGUUCUUUCUGGCUCACAUGUACACGGAGCUGCAGAUGAUCGAAGAGGCCCUGCAGAAGUACCAGAGCCUGAUUGAGGCCGGCUUCUCCAAAAGCACCUACAUCAUCUCUCAGAUCGCUGUCGCCUACCACAACAUCCGAGAUAUCGAUAAGGCCUUGUCCAUGUUUAAUGAGCUCCGAAAGCAGGAUCCCUACCGAAUUGAAAACAUGGAUACUUUCUCCAACCUCCUGUAUGUGCGGAGCAUGAAGCCGGAGCUGAGCUACCUCGCCCAUAACCUGUGUGACAUUGACAAAUACCGAGUGGAGACCUGCUGCGUGAUCGGAAACUACUACAGUCUACGGUCUCAGCACGAGAAGGCGGCUUUGUAUUUCCAGAGGGCGCUGAAGCUCAAUCCACGUUGCUUAGGUGCCUGGACACUAAUGGGCCACGAGUACAUGGAGAUGAAGAACACGUCUGCUGCAAUUCAGGCGUACAGACAUGCGAUUGAAGUCAACAAGCGCGACUACCGAGCGUGGUACGGACUGGGUCAGACGUACGAGAUCCUGAAGAUGCCCUUCUACUGCCUUUACUAUUACAGGAGGGCUCAUCAGCUCAGGCCCAAUGACUCUCGCAUGCUGGUGGCCCUGGGCGAAUGCUAUGAGAAGCUGAACCAGCUGGCGGAGGCCAAAAAGUGCUACUGGAGGGCGUACUCUGUGGGCGACGUGGAGAGGAUGGCCCUGGUGAAGCUGGCCAAGCUCCACGAGCAGCUGAACGAGUCUGACCAGGCCACUCAGUGCUACAUCAUCUACAUCCAGGACGUGUUCUCCUGCGGGGAGAUCCUGGAGCACCUGGAGCUGAGCACUGCUUUCCGCUACCUGGGCCAGUACUACUUCAAGAGCAAGCGCUACAACGAGGCCUUCAUUUGUGCGCAGAGGUGCUGCGACUACAACGACGCCCGCGAGGAGGGGAAGGCGCUGCUGCGCCAAAUCUCUCAGGUGCGUGGCGAGGCCGACCCGGCGUCCACUGACCUGUCGCUGCCCUUCCUCUACGGACCCUUGUCGGCCACCAACACGCCCGUGCGCAGGAUGUCCCCCCUCAACUUGUCUUCCGUUACGCCCUGAGGAGCGCCAGGUCGUCACAUUUCCUUUUCAGAACCCAUGGGUGGGCACUUUGUUGUUGUGCUAGUUGGUGCCAGUCCUUGCCAAGCAGCGCCGAGACACCAAGGUGGGCUCUCGAUUUGUUUGUCUCCUUCUGCACCGAUUAGACGAGCACAGCCGUGUGGCAGCUUGGCCUGAAUGUCACAUUUUAUGGGGGACACGCAGAGGGCCUGACGGCGAUAGCUGGGACCUCGUCGACCCCGGUCUGCCAACGCUGACUUUGCCAGCAGAGCUCGGUGGCACAGCCGCUGUUUGAGAGUGUAAUAAAAAUCCUCAUCACUGAA